AUGAAAUAUUCAAAAUCUGAAGAAAAUUCUGUUGGAAUAAAAAUACGGAGAAGACAAAACGAUCAACCAAGUGAGGUUCUUACUAAUGGUUGCCACGAAUCCGAAUCGCCAAUGGAUCAUGACGGUUCACUGAAAUCUGACUACCGAAAGGAAACCGCAGACAUGCUGUCGGUUUCGGAUAAUGUUGUCAAGAGAAGCCAUUCCCUUGAAGUGCAGAAUGAAUCCAACUCCCGUUUUAGCGAAAAAGUUAUAAUGCAGGUUGAAAAAAAGAACAAUCAUGAAUCUAUGUCAGCAACAGUAAUAUCUCAGUCUACAACCGCAGCCAGUAGCCCUAAACGACAUCAUCCUUCUUCACCGGUGAGCAAAUACGGAAUGGACGAAGUAGCGACAGAUUCUACCAAUAAUCAACGAAGGUCAAAAGAUUCAACUGUCUCUAUUACGUAUUCUCCGCCUUUCACAUCUCUUCAAAAUGGCGAUCCAGAGAAACCGAUGGACAACGAUUGUUCUAUGAGUACAGGUUCUCCACUUGGUGAUGACAGUUCGUCUAGUGGAAAUGGAAAACCAUCAUCGCCUUCCAUGAGACAAGCAGAUCCCAAUGUAUCAACCACUAAUAGUGUAGCGAGUAGCACCAAAGUCUCCGUACCGGGAGUAUCGAGUAAUCGGAAUGGUUCCCUUCUCUCUCGACCUGGAGUUUCAAGCUCGAAUCCACCAAGCUCCUCCCGUAGCAAGACGGCAUCUAGAUCUAAGAAGCAUUCAUCGCGAACCAACCUAUACAUUCGAGGUCUUCCAAAAUCCAUGUCUGAGAAUGACCUAGUGAGUCUUGUUCCAGACGCCUCAGCAAUUCGCUCUGUAAAAUUGGUUGUGAAUAACGAUGGAGAAGGAUAUGGAUUUAUUGAUUUCGUUUCAAAUGAGGCUGCUCUUGUAGCUAUGCAGCAUAUUAAACUUCAAAACUCCAACCAAUAUGUGAACUUUGCAUAUGCAAGUUUCUUUGCUUUUAUUAUGCCUAUAGAGUCAGAAAAGGACCCAUUGAAUGUUUAUGUGACGAAUAUCCCAGAGUCCUGGAGUUCAGAUAACGUUGAAACCCUCAAGCAAAUCUUCGCUCCAUACGGCAAAAUCACCUCUGCCCUUGUCAUGACUAGGAGAUCGACGAAUACCUGUACUGGAACUGGAUUUGUGCGUUAUCUCACCUCCGAGGAAGCUCAACGUGCAAUCGAUGGUAUAAGGAAGGCCAAAAUCACUCUUCCCGGGGCUAAACGGCCGCUCGAACUCAAAUUGGCGGACAGACAACGAGCCCGUGAGCAUAAAAGUGAGUCAAUUGGAUCGGAAAAUAACACUCUGCCUCUAUUUCAACAAUUUAUGCGUGAGGACGCUCAACAACAGUUAACGCAGGCGAUAAAGAAUCAACAACACCACAAACAAAUGGUGGACGACAUUUUCAACGCAACUCCCAUAUCCGAUCGAAGUAUGUUCGAUCAAGCAAAGAUGGCGAACUAUGUCAAUUCUGGUGCCUCGCUCAUGAGUCCAAGCCCCGUGGAUAUAACACCAAAGUCCAGCGAUGAGAUUUCAGCUACUGCGCCUUCACAACUAACAGCUCCAGCAGUUAUGCCGGUUUCUCCAGCUGUUGCCGCAGCCACGGCACUUGCCUCUCCAUUAUAUCAAUUUCAUUGUUUUCCAUGGAUACAACAGGACCACACGACCGCGCCACAUGCAAACCCCCAGGCAGCAGCUGCCUACCUUCACUCUCAAUUGGCGGCAGCAGCCCAAAAGGCUAAUCCAGCGGCUACCGCUACCCCUCUGGAUCUUCACUCACUAGCUGCUGUCUAUCAGAUGGCUGGUCUAGGAGUCCUCAACUACGGUGCCACGGCUCCCGCUCAAUCGUUCGAUAUGAUUCUUCCUUUGCUUAAUGGCCAGCUCAAUGGCCAUCCGAUUGAUGCCUGUCGUAGCAACUGGAAUAAAAUGCACUUUGCUUCCUCUCUCCCUCCCUCUCUCCGCAAUGCCCGCCCGUCCGCCUCCCUCGUCUUCUUCUCUACUAUCACUCUUGCUUGCAGAUUUCUCUCUUCUAAAGCCGCUCCGCCUUUCCUGCCUGAAUACCACUGGUUCUUCAUGCAGAGAUAA